GUGAUGGAAAAUAUUUUCAUAACGUAAUUGGCUAAGCUAGCCAACAUGGGGCCAAAUUCACCCUGUUCUAAAUUUUCAAUACAAAACACCAUAAAAAAAAAACAAAGAAAAAAAGAAAAAGUGGCUAUCUACGCCCAUUGGCCUUCUCUAUAUAUACAACCGAAGCUGCUCUUCUUCAUUUCAAACUCAGUUUGCAGAAGAAAAAAAACAGUCCCAAAGUGAAAAAGGAAGAAGAAAAAACUUCUUCUCUUCCUUUCUUUUUUUCUUUUUUUUUCUUCCAGUUUUCACACGUCAUCAAAAUGGCGGCUUCCGUCGAUAACCGCCAGUACGGCAACCUAGAAUCCGGUAUGCUCUUCAAAGCCGGCCCAACUCACCGACCCAAUUCCCCAAUUCGUGCCUAUAACGCCACCAACACCAACAACAAUUACCACAAGAUUUCCACCACGAUUCACAUCGAGUAUUAUUCCAGCAGCGACGACGAAGACGACGCCCUCGAUUACGCCGCCGCGAUUAAGCAGGGGAACGCGGAAUUGGAGCCGUCCGUUUUGGACCACCGGGACGAAGGAACGGCUGACAACUGGAUUGAGCGUAAUCCUUCCAUGGUUCGUCUUACCGGGAAGCACCCAUUUAACGCUGAGCCGCCCUUGCCGAGACUGAUGCACCAUGGGUUUAUUACCCCUGUGCCGCUGCACUAUGUCCGGAACCACGGUCCGGUUCCGAAAGGGUCGUGGGAGGAUUGGACGGUGGAGGUUUGCGGGUUGGUGAAACGGCCCAUGAAGUUUUCGAUGGAACAGUUGGUGAAGGAGUUCCCGGCGAAGGAGUUUCCGGUGACUCUGGUUUGCGCCGGCAAUCGGAGGAAGGAACAGAACAUGACGAAACAGAGCAUCGGGUUCAAUUGGGGCGCCGCCGCCAUCUCGACGUCGAUCUGGAAGGGAGUCCCGUUGCGUGCGAUACUGAAACGGUGUGGGAUUUACAGCCGUAAAAAUGGCGCACUAAAUGUUUGUUUUGAGGGCGCUGAGGACUUGCCCGGCGGCGGCGGGUCUAAGUACGGGACUUCUAUUAGGAAGGAGUUGGCGAUGGAUAAAUCUAGGGAUAUCAUACUGGCUUACAUGCAGAAUGGAGCUCUUUUGUCGCCGGAUCAUGGUUUUCCGGUGAGGAUGAUCAUUCCGGGAUUCAUCGGAGGGAGGAUGGUGAAAUGGUUGAAAAGGAUCAUUGUCACCACUAAAGAAUCUGACAAUUAUUAUCACUACAAGGACAACAGGGUGCUUCCUUCUCAUGUUGAUGCUGAACUCGCCAAUUCUGAAGCAUGGUGGUACAAGCCGGAAUACAUCAUCAAUGAGCUAAAUAUAAACUCAGUAAUAACCACACCAUGCCACGAGGAGAUUCUGCCUAUCACUUCGUGGACUACCCAGAGGCCUUACACGUUACGGGGCUACGCUUAUUCCGGUGGAGGGAAGAAGGUGACACGUGUCGAAGUGACAAUGGACGGAGGCGAGACAUGGCUGGUGGCCAACUUGGACCAUCCUGAAAAGCCCAACAAGUAUAGGAAGUAUUGGUGCUGGUGUUUCUGGUCUUUGGAGGUUGAAGUUUUGGACCUUCUUGGGGCCAAAGAGAUUGCAGUCCGGGCCUGGGAUGAGACUCAUAAUACCCAACCUGAGAAGCUCAACUGGAAUGUCAUGGGAAUGAUGAACAAUUGCUGGUUCAGAGUGAAAACCAAUGUGUGCAAGCCACACAAAGGGGAGAUUGGAAUUGUAUUUGAGCAUCCAACUCAGCCAGGGAACCAAUCAGGUGGAUGGAUGGCUAAAGAGAAGCAUGUGGAGAAAUCUUCAGAGACAACAAGCACUCUCAAGAAGAGUGUCUCAUCACCCUUCAUGAACACAGCUUCCAAGAUGUUCUCCAUGUCUGAGGUUAAGAAACACAAUUCGGCUGAUUCUGCUUGGAUUGUUGUUCAUGGCCAUGUUUAUGAGGUCACAAGAUUCCUCAAAGAUCAUCCUGGAGGCAGUGACAGUAUUUUGAUCAAUGCCGGCACGGAUUGUACCGAAGAGUUUGAUGCCAUUCACUCUGAUAAGGCCAGGAAACUCUUGGAAGAUUUCAGGAUUGGUGAGUUGAUCACCAGUGGAUACACCUCAGAUUCGUCGACAUCAUCUCCAAAUAACUCAGUGCAUGGAGCUUCAGCUGCUUUUGCUCAAUUGGCUCCAAUUACUGAAGUUGCGCCAACAGUAAAUGUGGCACUCAUUCCAGGUCAGAAGAUACCAUGCAAACUUGUCUCCAAGACAUCACUUUCACAUGAUGUGAGAAAGUUCCGAUUCGCCCUGCCCUCGGAAGAUCAGGUCUUGGGAUUACCUGUUGGGAAGCACAUCUUCAUCUGUGCUAACAUUGAUGAGAAGCUAUGUAUGCGAGCGUAUACCCCGACCAGCGGUAUUCAAGAAGUAGGCUGCUUUGAGCUGGUGGUGAAGGUAUACUUCAAAGGGGUGCAUCCCAGGUUUCCAAAUGGAGGGCUAAUGUCACAAUAUUUGGAUUCACUUCCUCUGGGAUCCACUCUUGAAGUGAAGGGUCCAUUAGGCCACAUUGAGUACAAAGGUAAAGGGAACUUCUUGGUGCAUGGCAAACAAAAGUUUGCCAAGAAAUUGGCCAUGAUCUCUGGCGGGACAGGAAUCACGCCGGUUUACCAAGUUAUGCAGGCAAUAAUGAAGGAUCCAGAGGAUGAAACAGAGAUGCACAUUGUCUACGCGAAUCGCACAGAGGAUGAUAUAUUGCUCAAAGAUGAACUUGAUGAAUUGGCUGAGAAGUACCCUGAAAGAGUAAAAGUCUGGUAUGUAAUUGAGAAAGCAAUGCAGGAAGGAUGGAAAUACAGCUUGGGAUUCAUCACUGAGGAUAUCUUGAGGGAGCACAUUCCUGCGGGUUCAGAUACAACGCUUGCCCUGGCUUGCGGUCCACCUCCUAUGAUUCAGUUUGCAGUAAAUCCUAACUUGGAGAAAUUAGGUUAUGAUAUCAAGGACUCAUUAUUGGUGUUUUGAGUUAGGGAAGGAGGACGAACAAUAAGGGAAAUAAAAUCUUGUAAAUUCUUGAGGCAGUUCUUAUAGCAUGGUCUCUCUCCAUAUGUAUUAAUUCUCUAUGUAAUCUUUCACCAUUUAGUGAUUUCUUCAUAUUUGUCUUUCGAAUUAUGCUCUAUAGCUUCCUUGUAAAUAACCCUCAUUGUAAUACUUGAAAGGCAUUUCCCCCCCAAAAAAAAAAUUGUGGCCACGUUUUAUUUCAAAGUUCGCAAUAGUGCUUCAAAAACUACCCAUUUAGAGUUGUGCCACUCAAUUUAUCGGCUCCAAGUUAAUUAAACAAGAUCAUAU